AUGGAUCGGAUACUGCGGUUGCCGGUUCAUCUGGUUCAUCUCAAAUCGGCCGUUCAUAGCAGAUCGAGAAUAACUUCUUCCAUGGCCUUCCAAGGAGCGUCUUCCUCUUCUUCUUUCACCCGUGGAUGGUGGACUUAUGAUGUGUUCUUGAGUUUUAGAGGCAAAGAUACUCGCAACAAUUUUACUGCCCAUCUAUAUGACGCUUUGGAUCGAAAGGGAAUCAAUACCUACAUAGAUGAGGUCGGCCUGAUCAGAGGAGAUAACAUUUCACCAGCACUUGUCAACGCUAUUGAAAACUCAAGGAUUUCAAUCAUUGUACUCUCUCAAAACUAUGUGUCAUCCUCAUGGUGCUUGGAUGAACUUGCGACGAUCCUCGAGUGUAAGGAAAAGAAGGGACAAAUCGUUCUACCAGUGUUUUACAAGGUACAUCCAUCCGAAGUUGUACAACUAAUAAAUACUAGUGUUGGACAAGCAUUUGUUGAACUUGUAGAAAGAACAGAAGAUGAUCAAAUGAAGGUACAGAGUGGUUCGGCCUUUGAGAGAAUACCGAGGUGGAAGACAGCCCUAACACAAGUGGCCAAUUUGUCCGGGUGGCAUUUAGAUAACGGGUAUGGUCUUUUAAUUUGCCUUCGUUAAUUUUUUGUCUGAUUCUAGUUACAAACACACAUUA